AUGAACCGGAACGCAGCGGUCCAGUUUGGCAGUUUGGUCAGCCCAGACGAUGGGGAGUUUGAGGCCUACCUCAGAAAUGCAUUGAAGGUCACCGGCUUUAACUGGUACUGUGCGCUGUCGCACGUGCCAAUGUCUUCGGUUAUGCUGUGGCGUGCGCUGCUGGCCACGGCAUGGGACGUCAUGGAGGCCAAGACUAUCUUACAGCCGGGGACAGGCGCAUUUCUCCUUUAUGGAGCUCUUUUCGGCAUCCGUGUGGCGUCCCCGGUGGCAACUUCGAGUUGCAACGGCCCCAUACUUGACGACAUCGAACGGAGCGUGCGCUACCUCAUCCGUGAGGGCAAGACAUUGGCACUCGUGCGGGUCACCAUUUUCAAGUCCAGAGCGCAGAGGAGCGGAAACCGGGCAGUCCGGGGCCACAGCCGGGAGGCGGCCACAUUCAUGCCUAAAGCAUGCUUGGCGUAUGUUGGCGCAAGCCAUGUCGAGGCAGCCCAGCGACACCAGUGGCGAGCCAUCAGGUCGCUGGUGGUUGCUGGCGGGAAACGUGCCCUGGCACUGGUGGACAAGCUGGUGCAGCCCCGCGCAGAGGUGAGAGCUGCCUGGCAGGAGCAUCCGCCCAAACUUCGAUGA